CAAGCGGCUGCUCUGCCCACGGAGCGUCCCCCGUUCCUGCGUGGGCGCCCCACGCCCCUGCGCCGCCGGGCUGCGCCCAGCCCCCGGGAGCGGCCGAGACCGCCCCGCGCGAGCGGAGAGCGGCUGCAGCCCCGGCCCGGGCUCCGGGAGAAGCGGGGGGCGAGAUGUCUGCGGGGGUCGCCGCUGCCCAGGUGCCAGUGACAUUUGAAGAUGUUGCUGUCAGGUUCUCCGCAGAGGAGUGGCAGAUCCUGGAGGGAUGGCAGAAGGAGCUUCAUAAGGAAGUGAUGGAGGAGAAUUACCAGUUGCUGAUCUCGCUAGGUCAGCCGGUUCCCACGCUGGCUCUUCUGGCCCUGGCUGCGGAGCGGGAGGCUGCUGGCGGCCAGAUCUGCGGCGUCUCCGGAGAGCGAGAGCGAGAACUCGCCAGCGACAGCGGCAGCUCGGAGGGUGUAGAACUGGCCUUUCCAGAGGAUGACCCAGAUGUGGGUGGAUUCUGGGACUCAGGGCAAACAGAAGAGGACGGAUGCCCCACAGGGGAUGAGGAAGGAGCGCGUCAGGGCAGCCUGCACCUUAGCGCGCUGAUGAAGCUGGUGAAGGAAAUCCCGGAAUUUCUUUUGGGGAAUUCAAAGGCCACUGUGGAGCCAGCUGAGGCUGCUGAUAGUGACGCUGAGAUGGGCUCUGAGAGGGCGUUUGCUGAUGUUAAACCAGAAGUAACUCCAGAGACUCCACCUCCCCUUGGCCUGGAGAACUGUUUAGGGGAAGUAUCUUUCAAUAGACCCAGUCAUCCCGACACACCGAGCAGCUGCGUGUCCACCAGCAGCACAGAAGGGGCUCCGCUUAGGAGACUGUAUGCAGAAGUGGCUCCAGAGAACAGCCCCCUCCAAGGUCUGCUGAACUGCCUGAAGGAAAUUCCCAUCCACAGACCCCGUCACCCCAACAUGCAGAGCCCCGGCGUACAAGGAGACGUGGAACACAAGAGAGUGGGGGUGGAGGUGAAGAGCUUAUAUGCUGCAGUUAAAACAGAAGUCACGACAGAGAGUUCCCCCAUCCAGGGGCUGACGGACCUCGCUGUAAAGAGGCCCAGUUAUCCAAGCACCCCAACCAGCAGCUCGUCUACCAGCAGCGCACAAGGGGAUGUGGAAGACAGGAGGCUGGAGCUGGGGCUUUGGAGAUGUUCUCAUGAAGCGGGGACGGCAGAGAAUAGCCCCCUCCAAGGCCUGCUAAACUGUCUGAAGGAAAUAAUUGUUCAUAAGCCCCGUCAUCCCCACCCAUCGCCCUGCAAAUCGGCCAAGGGCAGCACGCGAGGAGACCCAGGGCAGAGGAGGCUGGAGGGCGAGGAUGGGAGCUCAUCUGUAGGAGUGAAAACAGAAGUAACCGCGGAGGAUCCACAGGACCCCGGCUGGGAAAGCUGCCCCCCAGCCAGGCCUGUGAGGAAAGCCAGCCCUCCUGCCAGGCCGUCCAGCCGCGCCCCCCGUAGCAGGGCGGAAGGAGAGGCCGGGGGUAGGAGCCUGUUUGGUGAAGAGGCGGCGCUGGAGGACUCCCCGCUGCGCGGCCUGGAGAACUGCCUGAAGGACAUCGCUAUGACCAGCCCCCGUUGCUCCCACCCGCCCGCCAGCCGCGGUGCGCAGAGAGCCCUGGGGGAGAGGCCAGGGCGCGGAGCUGGGAGCCGGUCCGCCGAAGAAGCAGCGACAGAGGAUUCCCCCCUGCGUGGCCUGCUGAGCUGUGUGACCGGCACGGCCGUACCCUCCCCCCAGCAUCCCAGCCUGCCGACCUGCAGCGCCUCAGCCAGCGGCGCCGAGCGGGAGACGGAGAUGGGGGGAGUGGAGGCCGGGCUCUGGAACUCGUCCGCUGCAGCAGAGAUGACGCCAAGGACCAGCCCCCUCCAUGACCUGGCGAACUGCCUGCAGGAAACACCUGUCAGUACAUCCUGGGCUUCCCGAGUGCUGGCCCACAACGCAGGAGCAGAUGUGUCCCCGAGGAGACCUGCGAUGGGCAUGGUGCGGAGCUGGUGUGGAGAGGACAUCAGCACGGAGACCUCGCCCCUCCGCGGGCUGGAGAACUGCCUGAGGGACAUCCCGGUAAAUAGCCCCCACAUGCCAGCCAGCAGCGCCUUGGCCAGCCCCACGCAGAGAGACAUGGGACAGAGGAGGCCGGGGGCCGGGGCAAGGAGAUCACUUGGAGAAGACGUCAGUGCAGAGAAUUCACCGCUGCGAGGCCUGGAGAACUGCCUGAAGGACAUUCCUGUACCGUGCCGUAGUCAGUCCAAUACCCCAGGCAGCCGCUCCUCUCUGAGCAGCUCACCGGCUCCGCAGGGCAGACUGGAGACAGCGGGGUGGCCAGUGAAAACAGAAGCAGGGGUCGUCUCAGAGGUCACGCCACCCCUCCAAGGCCUGGAGAACUGUCUGAAGGACAUUGCCAUGGCCAGGCCCAGGGGCUCCAGUGCAACUAGUUCCUUCUGCACCAGCAAAGCCCCGGGAGAGGGGGAGCAGAGACCGGUGCCGAGGCCCUGGGGAGCAUGCGCGGCAGCAGCUAGUGCGGAGAGCUCCCCCCUCUACAGACGGCUGAACGGCUUGAAGGAAAUGCCCGCCGGCCGGCCGCGCUAUGCCAGCGUCCCGUCUAGCUACUCCUCCAGCAGCAGUGCCGACGGGGAGAGGGCCCCGUGGGGCGCCGGGCCAGGGGCGUGGAGGUGGGGCAGUGAAGAACUGAGCCCCGAGAACUCCCCUCUCCGAGGCCUGGAGAAGUGCCUGCAGGAGAUCUCGGCGCCCCGGCCCCGGACCCCCAGCGCCCCAGCCCCAGCCGCUGUGGUGGGCAGCCGGCAAGGAGAGAUGGGGCAUUGGGACUGGCACGGUGCAGCUACAGUCAGCGCCCGUGUCCUCGGCCCAGAGAGCUGUCUGAAGGCUCUGCCUGGAACCAGACCCAGUCACGCCGGCCGCUCGUCUCCCCACAGCACAGCGGGAUGCAGCAGCCCAGAGGCUGGGAUUUCGAGAUUUCGGGCUGAAGAUAAAAGGCAAGUGGAAAACCUCCCGGGCCUGGAGGAAGUAGCAGCACCCAACCCCUGUCCUGCCCAGGCCCCUCCCCGCAGCGCUCAGGGAGAUGCGGAGCGGCGGGAAUGGGACGUACACACGAGGAGCUCUGGGAGCAGAGAAGUGACGGCGGGGAGCUCGCCCCCGCCCAGGCUGAACUGUGUGAAAGAGCUCGCUGCCGACAGAGCAACGCCUUCCUCGCCGCCUGCCCGCGCUGCGCAGGGAGACGUGGCGCUGCAGGGAGCAGAGAGCAGGGGGAGGACGCUGUCCGAGGAAGACAGUGCGGCCGAGAGUGCCCAUCUCCCAGGCCUGGAGCCUUGCUGGGGCGCAGUGCCUGUGAGCCGACGCAGCUGGGCCAGCACCCCCCUCGGCACGUCCUCCAGCCGCAGCCCACGCGGGGCCGGGGGGGAGAGGGGUCCACGGCCAGGGCUUUGCAGGCGGCACGGAGAAGAAGUGCUGCCAGCUGACGCCCCUCGCUAUGGCUCCGCGACCCGCCCACAGGGAACCCAUGGAACUGGGCCCGGUCGUUCCAGCACGCCGAGCGGUACCUCGCCUGCCCGCGAUGCCCCGGGCCACAGGCAUCCUAGGAGACCAGGGACAGGGGUUAAGAGACCACACACUGAAGCCAGGACAGAUGCUGCCCGACCCCCGAGCACUGGCUCCUGCACUUCUAGUGAAGAUGGUGGACAAAAGGCGGAUGCCGAGUGGGAGGAAUUUCCCAAGAGACAUUGCUCCAGCGCAGCGCCAUCUCCCUGGGCGUGCUGCGGCUGGGAGAGCGGGACGCCCCUGGACCUCAGGGUGGAGAGGAGCGCGAUCGAGGCCGUCCUCUCGGAGAAGCUGGACCGGAUCUCCCAGGAUUUCGCGGCCAUGUGCAGGGAUGUGUCAAGCAUGCAGAGCCGCGUGGCCCAGCUGGAGCGGGACUCGAGGGGCUGGACUCUCGAGCUGGCUGCCCUCCAGAAAGGCAACAAGUGCCUGAGUGAGACCGUCCGGCGGCUGGAGAGCCGCUGCCAAGUGCUGGAGAACCGCGCCCGCCGCAACAGCCUGCGGCUGGUGGGCCUGCCGGAGGGGGCGGAAGGGGGAGACCCCGUCGCUUUCCUGCAGAGGACCCUGCCCACGAUGCUCAACCUGCCGGCGGACUGGCCACCCCUGGAGAUCGAGAGUGCGCGCCGUGUGCACGGGGGGGCGCGCUGGGACCCUGCCACCCGGCCCCGGGCGCUGCUCUUCCGCCUGCUGCGCUUCUCCGACAAGCUGGCCAUCAUGCGCGCGGUCCGGAAACGCGCAGAGCCCCUGACCUGCGGCGGCGCCAGGGUCGCCCUCUUCCCGGACGUCUGCCCCAAGCUGUGCCGGAGGAGGGGGGCGCGGUAUGCGGCCGUCAGGAGGCCGUGGCGGGCGGCGGAGCUCCGCUUGGGCACUCAGCCCUCCGGCUGCUGCCACGGCCGGGCACGAGGACACGGGGAGCCGCUGCCCAGCCCCCCAGGGCGUGCGCCCGCUGCAGACGAACAGGGGAGCAGAGUCACCAAAGGGCAGUGACAGAGAGGGGGGGACUUGGAGCUGCUGGCUCCGCUCACCCCCCUUUGAGUCACAGGGUCCGUCUCCAUUCUGCCCCGGAGACCACAGCACCCCCUGGGUCCGGCCUGGAGCUCUCCGGUUCCCUGACUGCACUCGGCUGUGUGAUUCCAGCGUAUCCGUGUGUCCCCUCCGCGCUGUGCACCUGCUCUGCUCACAGGCUGGGGGGCCCCGGGAACUGCAGAGUGAGAGCGACUCGGCCGUUCUCGGGGCCGGCACUGCGGGGAGCCCUGGUAUUGUAACAGGUGAGAUGGCAUCAGAGCCGCGUGUUAGCGAGUGCGCAGGGAGCCGACCGGGUGCUAGGCAGUCUGGGGGGCAGGGGUCUGGGCUAGGGUCAGGCACUCGGAUUUGCUUUGCUCCCCCUGACAAUUGCUCCUGGCCAGCGGGGGAGAAAUUUGACAUUUCCCCGUUUUUCCCGUCUGUCGCCACUGCUCAAGCCGGUGUCUUUUCUGUCCAGCUUCUAACCUGCUCCUGACCCUGGACGAGUCGCACACGCUGCUACGUCUCGGCAGCAGGUCCCAGGGAAGAGCCUUCGGGUGCCCGGCCUGUGCGUGCAGGGGCAGAAACCUUCCUGGUGCAUCUCACUCACGGGGCCGUUGUCAGAGUACAGGCUGCCCAGCUCCCUACUCUCCUCUCCCACUCCCCGGGCAUCUCCCGGCACUCUGGAGAGUUUCUGGUUUUUCGGCACAGGGAGAAGCUGCCAGAUUUGGCGCCCUCUGCACCCAGACAGGUCCCACCCCCCGCCUGCAUGAGCCCUGCCUUGGUGGGACCAUCUCUGAGCGCAGGGGGAAGUUCAUUCUCAGUGGCCUCCUUCCUCCCCACUCUGGCCGAGACUACAAACCAAGGGACCGAAGGCUCGAUCCUGCCAGGUGCUGAGCACUCCAGCCCCGCUGCAGCUAGGCAUGUUGGCUUGCGCUUAGCUUUAAGCACCUGGGUAACCCCUCUGAAGUCGGUGCUUUCCUGGAUCGAGGUCUGAGUGCUCAGUGCUGCAGGAUUGAGCCCACCCACUCCAUACCCAGCUGCACCCGCCAACUCUCCCAGCAGCCAUCUGUGCGCGAUCGGAGCUGGAUUUGAAGUGGAGACCUGCAGCGAAAGGCUCCUGCACCCGUAACUAGGUCUCCUGUGCCCUAAUCUCACGCUGAGCUCAUCUCAAUAGGCCCCGAUCACUUCAGUGUCCAAGUGCCGAUCUCCCAACAGAGUUUCUUUAUCAAAUGUAUUUCCAAGCUGUCCUGUCUGUGCAGCCCCAUCCUGUGUGUAAAGCACAGGGCUGAGCAGUGAGGCUGAAUGCAGACUGGAGCUAGGCAGGACUACGGUAGAGGAUGUGCCG